AUGAAAUCUGUGGCCGGCGUCGUAGCUGCUCCUCCAGAUUGGUCCUGCCUACCGGAUGAUAUGCUGCUCAUCGUGAUGCAGAUUCUGGACAUUCGAGAUCUCUUGAGCGCCGGGGCCGUAUGCUCCUCAUGGCGCCCCGCCUACUCAGCCAUCCGCAGUAUCCGGCUCCCAAUCACCGAUGCGUCACCUUGCCUGCUAUACUCGUGCGAGUCCGACGAUUCGAGCACCGCUACGAUCUACAGCCCCUCAAGCAAGGUGACCUUCAAGGUCCGCCUGCCCGAUCCCCCGUUCCGUUGCCGCCAUGUGGUGGGCUCGGGGCACGGGUGGAUUGUCACUGCUGAUGAGAUGUCCAACCUCCAGGCUCUCAACCCGCUGACCGGCGCGCAGGUAGAUCUCCCGCCUGUUACGGGGCUCUACCACAUUAAGAGCUUUCUCAACGAGCAAGGCCGCAUCAUGUACAAUCACCACUACGACGCACCAAGUUAUCCCGAUCCUCUUGUAUAUUACCCUGAGGAACUACGCCUGUUUUUGUACCACCGGGUGGUCAUGUCCUGCAGUCCUUCUGCCGGGAGACAGUGCGUGGUCCUCCUCAUCCACAGGCCGACUGGGCAGCUCUCAUUCGGUCGCAUUGGCAACGAACUGUGGACGCGGAUAAUAGGUGAAGGCGAUGUGUUUGAUGGAUUGAAAUAUAACGAGACUGUGGGUGCUGUCUACAACGAGAAUGAUUGCUUGUUUUAUGUGGUUUCACCGAAUGGCUGCAUCUUCACAUUGGAUCUCAAUGGUCCUCUCCCGGUGGCAAGGAAGAUUCUGCAAGAAGUUGCAAUAGAUAUCGAUAACUGUAAAAAAAAUAUUGUUCUCACACCCAUGGGCCAUAUCUUCCAGGUAUGGAGAUUUUCGGAAUGCAGGCUUGCAACCAACCCUGGGAUAUAUGUUCCCAAUAUUUGGGAUGAUGAGGAUUAUGAGUAUGGGGGCGAAGAGUGGAUCACUACUAGAAUGGAGUUAUACAAGGUUGAUAUUGACGAGCAAAAACUCGUGAAGACCACUUGCUUGGAAGGUUAUGCUCUUUUCAUGGGCUUCAGUUCACCUAUACUUGUUUCGACACAAGAUUUUCUUGCGUUUAGUCAAGAUUGCGCUUAUUUUACCGAUGAUAGGUUGGAGAGCAUAUGUCUUAAUAUAUUUGGAAGGCGAGAUAUAGGUAUGUGGAACUUCAAAACUGCUACUCUUGGCCAUGUGCAGCCUGAGCAUUCUUGGCUUAAUUUUCCUCCUCCAAUUUGGAUAACACCAUUCCUUGGUUAA